CGAUACCUCGUUAAAAACUCUCCGGAGAGGCGAGACUUCGUAACCAACAUCCCAAGGAGGCGAUACCUUGCUGACAACUCCCCGGGGAGGCGAAACCCCGUUAACAACACACCCUGGGGAUGGACCAGUACCUUGCCGCGGUCCUGGGGCUGCCUGUCAGUUGACAGCGCUCCAAAUCUGGUCCAACACAUCUAUCUUUGACGGUCAACUCUUCAUUUGGCUGUCUUCAUGCUCUUUCUCUAUAUUCCUUGAAAAACUCAGUUAGCGGCUCUCUCUACAUCUUUGGCGGCUAUCUCAAGGCUCUCCGUGCAACUUUCUCUCUCUUUCUCUUUGGCAUUUGCCUUUCUCCAUAUCCCACGUGGCAGCUCUCCUACACUUUAUACGCGGUGGCUUCUCUUCACCCACAAUCUGGCGGUACUUCUCUUCAUAGUCGUGGCUUUUCUAUACUUCACUUAGCGGUGCUUCUCUUUCAAUACUCUGGCGGUGCUUCUCUUCUCCUAAUCGCGGCUUCUCUUCGCGUACUCUGGCGGUGCUUCUCUUUACACACUCUGGCGGUACUCCUCUUCACUUGGCGGCGUUCUUCUUCACUUGGCGGUGCUUCUCUUCACUUGGCGGUGCUUUUCUUCACACUCUCUGGCGGUACUUCUCUUCCCACACUAUGGCGGUAUUUCUCUUCCCACACUAUGGCGGUACUUCUCUUCCCACACUAUGGCGGUGCUUAUUCCCACACUAUGGCUGUACUUUCUUCCCACAUAUGGCGGUACUUCUCCUCACACACUAUGGCGGUGCUCUUUCACAACCUCUACACGGUGGUUUUUUUAAACAUUGCGGUACCUCUCUACACCUCGAGGGUUCCAUCUUUCCUAGUAUUCAGCGGGAUUGACUUCUAUAUUCGGCAAAUCUGUCAUAUCUUCGUUGCGGUCCUUGGUGCGGUGGAGAUCCUCUGUACGUUCAAACUUCAUUGGCGUCUAUCUACCUUCUUCUUGCCGGCGUCUGCCAACAUCGUAACGUUAUGUUCCAUUGCCUAUGGCUGA